UAGACGUCCGAGCUCGCGCGAUAGUGACAGUAAACAACAUUUUGUUGGGCAGACUUCUUAGACAGAAGUCUAAAUUUUUACGACUUUUUACGCAUUUAUAAUGGAGCAUGAGCAGUCUCAUCGACUGGGAAAACGGCGGAGGAAACGCUGCGUAAUAUUAAUUGUCAUCGUUGUCCUUAUUGUUAUUGUAAUCAUCGCCGUGGUGUUGGGACUGACUCUCCGUCAGAACAAAAGUGAAUUUGAAUCUACGUUUUUGUCUAGGUGUGAGAAGUUCGAUCAAUAUGACUGUAAAAAGGUAUGGGAUGCCUUUCAGCAGGCCUACGUGAACAAGGAUCCAUGUAAAGUUCCAGUGGAAGCUUAUGAUCCCCUGAUUGCUGCAGCCCCCUUCAAACCUCAAUGCAACAGAAUGAUGUUCUGGAGCAAAACAAAGGAUGUGGUCCAUGGUUUCACUGAGAAGAGGGAUUGUUUUGUCACUUUGGAGGACACUCUGUUGGGAUCUGUCCUCGAUGGUCUGACCUGGUGUGGAAAAGAAGGCAGCAAGGAUACCAACACUACUGGGUGUCCCGGAUGGUCAGACUGUGAAAACAACACUGUUCGCUCAUUUUGGAUUCGUGCCUCUGCUGCUUUUGCAGAUGUUGCCUGUGGUAAUGUCACAGCAAUGCUAAACGGAUCCAUCAACACGCCAUUCAAUCCUACAAGUAUUUUUGCAAGCGUUGAGGUGCCGAGGUUUAUUGCCUCUAGGGUCAAGAACCUGAAUGUUGUUAUGGUCAUACAGAAGAACAACAUAUCAAACUGUACAGAUCCAUCCUUGAAGAAUUUGAGGCAAUCUAUAGAUACAGGGAUAACAUUCAGCUGCAAAGACGUGUCUGAAUCUCGUAUUCAGGAAUGCGGCUCCAAACCAGAGAUAGCGUGUGGAGCCUGCUGGUGAACAAGUCUGAUGUCAGUCGCAACAUAGUAGCAUUCAGCCACAGAAACAUUUCUAGUGUUUCCUUGUAACUUUUUAAAUAAAAUGUGAGAAUUUUUGUACAUGUAAAAUGUAUUUUCUAAA